UUUAAAAUUAAAUGGAAUUAUUUGAGCAAAUGGAUAUGGAAAACGAACGUGUGCUGAAAUUGAUAUUCCCGAAUGGCAUACCAGAAAAUUUGCGUGGCAAUCCGGAACUCGAUAAUUAUUUGGCCAAAUUGGGCACCUGCAAAGUUGAUCAACUGAAGAAGGAACAAACUCGCCUGGCCGACGAGACGAAACGCAUAUUGGAGCAGACUCAGGAGCUAGCCAUUUCCAAUUACAAGACGUUCAUCACAACCGCCGAGAACUCGCGUUCGAUCUUCAAUGAGUUUCAGAAAGCCGAGGAGCAGGUGGACACGCUGAUUGGCAAACUGCCAGCGUUCAGUGGCAAAUGCGAGCAGUUUCUGGAACAUUCCGCCGAGUUGAACGAACAGCGUCGCCUGAACAGCACAACACUCCAUAAGAAUGCCCAGUUGCUGGAGAUUCUGGAGUUGCCGCAGUUGAUGGAGCGCUGCAUACGCGAGGCACGCUACGAGGAGGCACUCGAGCUGGCCAGCUAUGUGCAGCGACUGGGCCAGCAUCAGGGACACCUCAUACCCGUCGUGAAUAGCAUUGUUCGCUCAGUGGAGGCCUUGUGGCAUACGAUGCUUGUGCAGCUUGUGGCGCAGUUGCGCAUGGAUCUGCAGCUGCCUAAGUGUCUGCAGAUUGUCGGCUAUCUGCGUCGCAUGCAGGCCUUUGGCGACAACGAGCUGAAAUUGAAGUUUUUGCAGGCGCGUGACGCUUGGCUAACAUCCUGCCUGGAAGGGAUUCCCACAGUUGAUGCUCAGCAACAUCUGACCAAAACGAUUGAAGUAACGCGCAUCAAUCUGUUCAACAUUAUAACACAAUAUCGAGCCAUAUUUCCGGAUGGCGAACAAGCUGUUGGCAAGUCCAGCAAUUUGAAGUCGCUGCAAGGCGUCAGUUGCAAUGGUGAUCGCCUGUUCCAAGCCUGGCUGCAUAAUAAGAUUAAUGCCUUUCUGUUGACGCUGGAGGCGGAUCUGCAGCGUGGCGUGAGCUCCAUUGAAACCGUGCUGGGCCAGUGCAUGUACUUUGGUCUCUCCUUUAGUCGUGUCGGUGCUGAUUUUCGUGCUCUGAUUGCGCCCAUCUUUGUGCGUGUGGUGAGCCAGAAAUUCGAGACAAGCAUUAGCCAUGUGAAUCAAAACUUUGGGCAGGAGUUGGAUAAAUUUACGCUGAUCAAUAAGGUCAGCUUGCAUACGCGCAAGCAUCUCGAUGCAGCUGCGAUGAGCACUGAUCCGGACUCGGAAUCGUAUGCGCCGCCAGAAACAUUACUGGAUUUCUAUCCACUUGCCGUGCUCUGCAAUGGCUAUUUGAAUGCUUUGAAUGAGUUGCGUUUGUGUGCCCCGUUUGCCGUGGCCACCGAUGUGACGGGCUGCCUGCAGAAGUCACUGCAGUUGGUGGCCCAACGGGUACUCGCCUUCUAUCGUCAGGAGCAGCAGGCUUUCACGGGCAAUGAACGAGAGACGUUUGUCAAAUUGUGCUCUUGCCUUGCGUACGAUCUGGUGCCAUAUGUCCAGCGUUGCAUUCACGGCAUCUUUCCGCCCCAGUUGAUUACCGUGCAUCUGGGCAUUAGUUUGCUUCAGUUGGAGCAACAGCAGCUCACCUUCUUGCAGCAGACACAGAUCUUGGAACCACUCAAACAUCUGCUGCCAACCAAAGUUCUCAUUCAUACGACGAUGCCAGCUGUGUCCACAACGGAUCCAACUAAUGCGCCAAUUACAGCUGAAGGUUAAACCAGAUUCCAGUUGAUUGUCAUUUUUUUUUUGUUUAUGAUUAAUUUUGUAUAAUACCAAAGACUACAGAGAUAGUUGCCUUGCCUUGAAGCAUUUAUAUCUCUAGAGUCUUUGAUAAAACUUAACCAGGUGCCAGUUGCUAAAGGACGGCAUUUCCGAUUCCAUGAUGUAUAAAUGUAUAUUUAAAAAUGUGCUGAUAACCCGACUAGGACACUUUCGUUAUUUUUUCUUUGCCAAAACAUGUUAAUAACAUAUUUACCCCAUUAUACUACAUUAAAUUAUUUAAUAUAUUUUAUUCGCAGCCUACUGUUUAUAAUUUAAAGUGCAUAUCUUCGACACUUGAAUGCCUGAUCAGCAAAAUAUAUUUUUAUUACUAGCUCU